AUGCCGGACCUUUUCCCCAGCUCCAUUGGGAACAGCUGCAGGAAAGCUCCUCCCCGAGGGAGGGGAGAAGUCACCAUCGCUGCUCAGGAGCAAAGCAGCAGUGGUGCUGCUGGCCCAAGAGGAAGGGGCUGGAGGCGAUGGCCAUGGCUUUGCAGGGUCGUGUUCACCUCCCACCUACCCUGGUGGGGAUCCGGGGCUCCGUGGCCGCCGGGUCGCAUCCUGCCUCGUGCCUGGGAGCGGUGCCAAGCACCGAGUGGCGGAGGAGUCAGCAGGAGCGCGGGGCAGGGGCAGCACGUCGGUGUGCGGGGGGAACGCGGGGCGGGAGGCCUGGACGUGCCCCUCGCAAGGAGAGGAAUGGAGACCCUGCUCCGUGAGCAGCCCGAGACUGGCAACCAGUGUCUGGAAGGCGCUUCGCUGCGGAGCUACCUGCAGGCACACCUCCCUGCCAAGGGCUGCAGCGCGCCGUUGCGGGUCCGCCUGUGCGCAGCCCGGGCCGCCGGCUGAGGCUGUGAACUGGACCCGCCGGUGCUCCGGCAGUAUGAUGCCUGGGGACGGUGUGUGGAUCACAUCGCCACCUGCUCAGCCUGGAGGAGGAUGAAGCAGACUGCAGCAGAAGAGGGGCUGGUUGCUGAGGCCUGUGAGAGAAGAUAUUCCAACUAUAGCCGCCUGCAUCAGGCUGCCAAACUCUACUUGUUCUCAAGCUCCUCUGGAGGAUUCAACUGUCCACUGGCCAUGACGGAUGGGGCAGCCAAAGUCAUUGAGUCUCUGGGUAUUCCUGGAUCUCUGAGAAAGGCUUUUGGCCAUCUGACAUCCCGCGACCAGCAGUUCUGGACCUCUGGCCAGUGGAUGACGGAGCGCAGGGGAGGCUCUGAUGUUGCUAACGGCACAGAGACAGUGGCCAGGACGCAGCCAGAUGGAACAUAUCGUCUCUACGGUUUCAAAUGGUUCACAUCUGCAGCUGAUUCUGAUGUGACACUUACCCUGGCCAGGGAAGUGGAUGCUGAAGGCCAGGGUUCCGGUGGCUUGUCCCUGUUCUUCCUCAAGGCUCGAGAUGAGGAGGGGAAGCUCAACAACAUCCAAGUGCAGAGGCUGAAGGACAAGUCAGGCACGUGGCAGAUGGCAACAGCAGAGCUGUGGCUGGAUGGAGCUAAAGCAGAGCUAAUCUCUGCAGAGGGCCGAGGAGUGGCCUCCAUCUCCAACAUGCUGAACAUAACUCGGAUCCACAACGCCAUCGGUGCAGUAGCUUCCAUGAGAAGGCUGCUCAGUCUGAGCAGGGAGUGUGCCCGCAGGAGGGUUGCCCUUGGGAAGCUCCUCAAGGACCAUCCCCUACACAUACAGAGGCUAGCACGGAUGGAGGUGCAGACACGAGGGGCAUUCCUGCUCCUUAUGGACAUCGUUCCUCUGCUUGGACUUGCAGAAACCAACAUGGCAAGUGAGCAAGACCAGCUCCUCCUGAGAGUGCUGGUACCAGCUGCCAAACUCACUGGGAAGCAGGCUUCUGCUGUGGUUAUUGAGGCAGUGGAGAGUUUUGGAGGACAAGGUUCCAUGGAGGAUGCAGGCUUGCCACAUAGGCCGUGAUGCUCUGCUAAGAAGGCAACAGGAGAAGCUCCCGUGCUGUCCAUAUGGGAGGGAACAACGAGCAUCCUGUCCCUCGAUGUGCUGCGAUCCCUCAGCAAGAGCCAAGGGCAGGCGCUGGCCGCGUUCCUCUCCUCAGUGCAGAGAAAACUGGAUCUGGCUUCGAGCACCGGGGGCCUGGAGCCCGCUGUGGGGCAGACAUGGGCUGCACUGGGGAGACGGGAGCAGUUCCUGCGAGCAGCUGCUCCCAAGGGGGCACUGCCCAUGGAGCUGGCAGCAAGAGACUUCUCCUACACCCUGGUGAGGAUGUACACAGGUGCUCUGCUUCCACAGGAGCACGCAGCUCGGCCUGAUGCUUCCUCCACAGACAUCCCCGCUGCUCGAAGGCGGUGCAGGCAGGAGCUGUGUCCCAUGGCCGUGGAGCUGGACAAUGGCAGCUACGAGGCGGAGGCCGCGCUGGUGGACGGGGGCAGCCCUGCCUGCAGCAGCCGGCUCUGACCUCCUGGAGGUCCG